GGAAAAGACUUGGCCGCAUGGUCGUGCGAUCGCGAGCCAAGGUUUCGAGGGAGAGAAUUUAUUCCAUGGCUUACCACCCAGAGAAAACGAAAGAUCUCAUUUUUGUUGGGGAUAAGCAUGGCCAGCUUGGUAUUUGGGAUGCGCUGGCGCCAUCCGAAGAGAACGAAGAGGAUAAAUAUGACGAUACGCGAGAAGGAGGAAGAUAUUGGCGUUUACAGCCUCAUUGGCCAAGAUCGCCAAAAACCUCGAUAUCUUGCAUCAAAUUCAGCCCGACUGAUGCACAUAGUGUUUUUACGACAUCCUAUGAUUCCACGCUGCGUGUGACCUCCUUUACAUCUGGGCAAUCUACUGAGCUCUUUUCUCUUGCCUCAACUUCGACACUUCUCACAUCCUUUGAUAUCGCGCCACGUGGGAAUGAAAUAUGGAUUUCCGACGCUGAUGGCGGACUAAGCUUUUUGGACCUCCGGGAAGGCAGCCGAUCACGAAGACAAGUGAACGCUAAAUUGAAGAUUGGUUGUGUCAGCAUCAAUCCUGCUGCUGGAAGGAGUCAUUUUAUAUGCACCGCGAGCAACGAUCUUUCUCUGAAAAUAUGGGACGUUCGAAAGCUUAUGUUAAUCGAAACCGGAGCACUUGUUGAGGGUGAUGAUGACGGCCCCAGCUCGCUUAAAGUGAAACCGCCUCCCGUCCUAGAAGCAGAUCACGAAGCCGUCACAGAUUUCCUUUCAUCAAAACCUGGUCGGGGCUGUAUACUCGGGCAAUUUGAGCAUAAAUACAGUGUCAGCUCAGCUUUUUGGGACCCUCGAGGGAGGAAAAUAGUGACAACGUGUUAUGAUGAUAAUUUGAGAAUUUGGAAUCUAGAUGCUUGGCUCUCAUCGGGAGAGAAAUUAAAGUUUCCCCGACCAAUCCAAAAAGCACAUAACUGUCAAACUGGACGUUGGUUGACGGUGCUGAAAGCUCAGUGGAGUCAGAAUCCCAAUGAACCAUCCCACUUCACUGUCGGAUCGAUGGAUCAGUCAUUGGAUGUCAUUGCGUACAACGGAGAGGAGAUUGUGAGGCUCGCGGAUCGCUCAAAGGUGACGGCUGUACAGGCCGUGACGGCCUCCCAUCCCUGCAUCGCUGAGCGAGCAGUCAGCGGAAACGCGAGUGGUCGAUGCAUUUUGUGGGGUCCGCCCGAAGAUUAGCAAUCGCGAGUGCCCUCUUCUUGACGCAAAUCUGGUCGUUCAUCUACCUGUUGAAUUGUAUGGAUUAUAAUGUUGGAUUACUGUGUCGAAUCGACACAUUUGGGUUUCACAACAUCUUUGGCAACUGAAACAAUUGGCAGGAGCAGGUCGGCACGACAGAUGCCCGUUAGUCUUACACCUUGGGGACUCUGGUUUAUUAUGAUGGGGGGAGGUCAGUAGCGUUCAGUGAAGCGAAAAUAUGUUCUUAUAGUUUUGAGGGCAUUUGCUCAUUCGGAAAACAAGCGAGGUGUGUGAUGUAAAUGGUGAGGACGUGGUGUUAUCAGUGGUCUGACGAGCUUCUGAGCACGAUAUCACUGUUCGUUGAAUGCUGGUCCAGCGCUUUUUGAC